GAGAGGCCGCCGUCGCCGCAGCAGCAGCAGCAGCAAUACAACAAUAACAAUUACAACAACCACACAGCAAAAAUGCCCAACGAUAAAAACUUGCCCUGGCCGCGAGAAUGGGCUGCUCCGAAGCUUCAGAUUGUUGUUUACGUGUCUUCUUCCCAAAGCUGAGGACGCUACCACAUUGACCGACGCACGGUUCGGUGGCAGUACGACUGCCAGAAAAAACGAAAAGAAAUUUCCGCUUAGCCUCCGGUAUCUGUAUCCGGAUCGAUCCGUGUUUGCUCGCGCUAUUUAUUUAUCUGGCUGCUCUGUGUUCUAUUCUAUUCAAUUCAAUUCAAUUCAACUCUAUUCUGUUUGUUUGGACUCUAUUCUUGGCUAUUAUACACUUUUUGUUUGCUCUCUCCCGCAUACGAAAACCGUCUCAGCAAUAGCAAUGAAUAUUCAUAUGAACACAAACACUCUGAAGUACAUCAGUCUGUUAACGCUAACGCUGCAGAAUGCGAUCUUGGGACUCAGCAUGCGCUAUGCCCGGACCAGGCCCGGCGAAAUUUUCCUAAGUUCAACUGCUGUUCUAAUGGCCGAGUUUGCCAAGCUGAUAACAUGCCUGUUUCUGGUAUUCAAUGAGGAGGGCAAGGAUGCCCAGAAGUUUGUCCGCUCGCUGCACAAGACGAUCAUUGCCAAUCCCGUGGACACGCUCAAGGUGUGCGUACCCUCGCUGGUGUACAUUGUGCAGAACAAUCUGCUAUAUGUGUCGGCCUCGCAUCUGGAUGCGGCCACCUACCAGGUCACAUACCAGCUAAAGAUCCUCACCACGGCCAUGUUCGCCGUGGUUAUUCUACGUCGCAAGCUGCUCACCACGCAGUGGGGUGCCCUGCUGCUGCUGGUCAUGGGCAUUGUCUUGGUUCAACUCGCCCAGACUGUAACGGGCACGGGUGGCAGCAGUGACUCCUCGUCGUCCGCUGGCGGCGAUGCGGCGUCGUCGUCGAGUGCGGGACCCGAACAGAAUCGCAUGCUUGGACUGUGGUCCGCCUUGGGAGCCUGCUUCCUGUCCGGCUUUGCGGGCAUUUACUUCGAGAAGAUACUCAAGGGAGCCGAGAUCUCCGUGUGGAUGAGAAACGUGCAGCUCAGCCUGCUGAGCAUACCAUUCGGUCUGCUCACGUGCUUUGUUAACGACGCGAGCCGCAUCUUCGAGCAUGGCUUCUUCCAUGGCUACGAUUUCUUCGUGUGGUAUCUGGUGCUGCUGCAGGCCGGCGGCGGCCUCAUUGUUGCCGUUGUGGUCAAGUAUGCGGACAACAUUCUGAAGGGUUUCGCCACCUCCCUGGCCAUCAUCAUAUCCUGCGUGGCCUCCAUCUACAUCUUUGACUUUAAUCUCACUCUGCAGUUCAGCUUUGGCGCCGCCUUAGUCAUCGCCUCGAUCUUCAUGUACGGCUACGAUCCGUCGUCGCGCUCUGGUGCCAAGCAAACCGCCCAGACGGUCUCCGAUGAGGAGAAGCUACUGCCGCGCGUCUAAAAUCUGAUCAAAUCCUCCCCCAAUAUAUCUAGAUCGAGAUCGAGAUCCAGAUCCCCAAGAUGACCGUCUGUCAACAGUAUUUGUCCCAAGAAUCCGGCGACCCUGCAAUGCUUACAUUUGAUGUACUUGAUAUUCCUACUUCUGUGUGUGCGAGUGUGUUUAUGUGUUUAUUUUUGUGUGCGUGUGUUUUAUUUAGUAAUUAUUGUGGAAUAUACAUAUAUGAGAAUCCAUAUUGGCCCACGGGGCAGUUAACAGUUAACCAGUUAACUCUCAAAAUUAUGUACUAUAAUCAUUUUGUUUGAAUUAAAGAAAACAAAACAAAAAAAA